UUUGUUUUGUUUUCAUAAUUUGUGAGUGAGAAAAUAUACUAAAUUAUAUCACACGAUUUAACAAUUGUUUAAACAUUAAUAUUGUUCGAUUUAUAUUACAUUUUGUGGCACAAAAUGCUUUAAAGCCCCAAAAACCAUCACAGCAGAGCCGACCAAUCAGAAGAAAGCUCUGUGCUUUCACUGGGCAUGCGCAAUGCACUCCUCUGCUUGGCAGCAACAACAACACACCGACCGUAGCCGGAGCAGUUGGUCUCCCUCCGCUGUCAGUAGCGUCAUCGUCCCCCCGCUGUGUCCGGUCUCAGAAAGGAUGGUUGAGCGGAACAGCUGCCGGGGAUGUGAAUGACAGUUGGAAGAUAAUGGCCCCCGAUUUGUUUCAGUUCGAAGGCGUGCGGCUGGUGUUCAAGUGAGAGAAAUGGAAUGAAAACGCCAAACCAUGUUGCUGUGAAUUGUUGCUUGCGGCGAACCGGGGAGGAGGAGGAGGAGGAGGAGAAGGAGGCAGAAAAACGAAAAACUUCUGCCACAGCUCCAGAUAGGUGGGCUCCAGCAAGCGGGAAGCAAUGGGAAACACGGCCACCAAGUUCCGCAAGUCUCUUCUCAGUGGCGACGAGGCCCUGGCCUGGCAACUCUACGAGGGCAAUCCUCAGUUCAGGGACAGCCUGGACCCGAACGCAUCAUACGGAGAACAGUACCAGCAUAACACUGCGAUGCACUAUGUAUGCCGCCACGCCAUGACGCGGCUGCUCAGAUCAUUCCUGUUCAGCAAAGAGGGAAACCCCAACAAGCGGAACGUUCACAACGAGACGUGCCUCCAUGUUUUGUGCCAAGGCCCGCAGAUCCUGCUGCUGCCAGAGGGAGCGCUGUCGCCGCGCCUCGCCCGGCCGCAGAGGGAUGAGCAGCGCCGCGCCGACAGCCUUCAGAUGAUCCUGAGCUGGACCGGCGCCAGGCUGGAGGCAGGCAUGUACGAGAAAGCUAAUGUCAACGCCACCGACAACCACCACAGCACCUGUCUGCACUACGCUGCUGCUGCAGGCAUGAAGAGCUGUGUGGAGCUGCUGAUCCAGAAUGAUGCAGACCUGUUUGUCGAGGAUGAGGAUAAGCUGACGCCAUGCGACCAUGCCGAGCGGCACCACCACACCGAGCUUGCUCUCAGCUUGGAGUCGCAGAUGGUUUUCUCCUCCGCCUCGUCUCAGCAGUCAAACGGAGACGCACACGGCGAAGCCAGCCUGCUGCAGUACAAGGAGCCUUUCGAGGGCCUGAAGCUUCAGGAUUUGCGCCGGUUGAAAGACAUGCUGAUUGUGGAGACGGCAGACAUGCUGCAAGCCCCCCUUUUCACUGCCGAGGCGCUGCUGCGAGCUCAUGACUGGGACAGGGAAAAGCUUCUGGAAGCUUGGAUGUCAGACGCUGAGGGAUGUUGCCAGCGCUCCGGCGUUGCCAUGCCGACCCCACCACCCAGCGGCUACAACGCGUGGGACACUCUGCCAUCUCCCCGCACUCCCCGGACCCCACGCUCGCCUCUCACGCUCACACUGACGUCCCCCACCGACAGCUGCCUCACUCCUGGAGAGGAGGGCAUGGCCACGUGUGGAAUCUGCCUCUGCUCCAUCUCCGUCUUUGAGGACCCUGUGGACAUGUCCUGCGGCCACGAGUUCUGCAGAUCCUGCUGGGAAGGGUUCCUCAACGUCAAGAUUCAGGAGGGUGACGCUCACAAUAUUUUUUGCCCGGCGUACGAGUGCUACCAGCUGGUCCCGGUGCAUGUGAUCGAGAGUGUUGUUUCCAGAGAGAUGGACCAGCGAUAUCUACAGUUUGACAUCAAGGCGUUCGUGGAGAACAACCCGGCCAUCCGCUGGUGUCCUGUGGCUCGAUGCGAGCGGGCGGUCCGCCUAUCUCGACCAGGUCCUGGUGACAGUGACCCUCACAGCUUCCCCUUGUUGCCCUCCCCAGCUGUCGACUGCGGCAAAGGUCACCUCUUCUGCUGGGAGUGUCUUGGCGAGGCCCACGAACCAUGUGAUUGUCAGACUUGGAGGAACUGGCUCCAGAAAGUCACAGAGAUGAAGCCUGAGGAGUUGGCAGGUGUGAGCGAGGCUUAUGAGGACGCGGCUAACUGCCUGUGGCUCUUGACUAACUCUAAACCAUGUGCCAACUGCAAGUCUCCCAUUCAGAAGAAUGAGGGCUGCAACCAUAUGCAGUGUGCCAAGUGCAAAUAUGACUUCUGCUGGAUCUGUCUGGAGGAGUGGAAGAAGCACAGCUCGUCCACCGGAGGCUACUACCGCUGCACUCGCUACGAGGUCAUUCAGCAGUUAGAGGAGCAGUCCAAAGAGAUGACUGUUGAGGCGGAAAAGAAGCACAAAAGCUUUCAGGAGCUGGACCGUUUUAUGCACUACUACACUCGCUUCAAGAACCACGAACACAGUUAUAAGUUGGAGCAGAAGCUGCUAAAAACGGCUAAAGAGAAGAUGGUGCAGCUCAGCAGAGCCUUCAUUAGCCGUGAGGGCACGCCUCCUGACACCCGCUUCAUCGAGGAUGGCGUGACAGAGCUGCUAAAGACGCGGCGCGUGCUGAAGUGCUCUUAUCCAUAUGGCUUCUUCUUGCAGCAAGGCAGCACCCAGAAAGAGAUAUUUGAGCUCAUGCAGACUGACUUAGAAAUGGUGGUGGAGGAUCUGGCCCAGAAGGUCAACCGCCCGUACCUGCGGACCCCGCGCCACAAGAUUAUCAGCGCCGCGCGCUUGGUGCAGCAGAAGAGGCAGGAGUUUCUGGCGUCGGUGGCUCGUGGCGUCGCUCCCAACGAGUCUCCUGAUCCUCCCCGCAGGAAUUUCCCUGGUGGGUCGUGGGAUUGGGAGUACCUUGGGUUCGCCUCUCCUGAGAUGGGAAGCCGCCGCUCUGUUGUGGGAGUAGGAGAGCAGAGAGACAGGCAGUCGCAGGGCUACGCAGACGUCCAGUAUCGCCGGAGACACCGGCCGUGGCUCAGAGGAGAAAUGCUGAGUCUGCACAGCCUGAGGAGCAGCAGCAACACGCCGGAGACCAGCAGAAGGAGCGACACUACAGAGGGCACAGAGAGGAGUGAAGGUCGCAGAAGAGCGCUGGGCUCCCUGGAUGAAGACGACCCCAACAUCCUCCUAGCCAUACAGCUGUCGCUUCAGGAGUCCCGCAGGGAGCAGGGUCUGGAGGGUGGGGUGGGUCUGGAGGAGAGGAGGGUGGCGUCUGCGGGAGAUCUAGUGGACUCGCUCCCUUCAGAAGGUCCUCCUGGAGCCAGAGGCUCGUCUUUCCCCUCUUCCCUCCUGAAUCGCGCUUGCCUCCCCCCCUGCAGGACAGACGCCACCUCCCAGCCGUCCGUGUCCAGCUCCCUCCCUCUCCCGCCUCCUCCGCCAUCUCUCAGCGCCGAGCUGCUGGAGCUGGGAGAUAGCCUCAUGAAACUGGGGAGCGUCACGCAGGAGCAGCUCGGGGCGCUGACCGCCCCCCACUCCUCUGAACCUGCUUACGGCAGCUGCAGCCAUAGACCAGACCAGAAUGCACUGAGUACACCGUAUGUGCUGGAUCACAUCGCCAUCACGGAUCCGCGUUACGACAGCAAAGAUCACAGCCACUCAUACUCCUCUGCUUAUUUACCCGAGGCUGCUUCCAGCGCGCUGGAGCGCUCCGGACAAAGCCGGGAACACGCGGGAACGUACGACGGCAGCCCAAAGUCGGAGCGUUCCUACCAACCCUGUCCGGAGCGCGGCAGCUCCUACACCGCGGAGCAUCCCGCCACAUACGCUCUGAAGCAGCUGCCCACCUCAGAACCCCAACCCUCCGUCCAGCUGUGCCUCCCCUCUCCAGAGCUUGAACCGGAGCUGCUGCUGUCCCCAGUCAUCCCCCCCGGGGGGCCGUUCAGCCCCAGCGACCCCCAGAGUCUGGAGCCUUUGGACCCGGCGGCCAGCGCUCAGCUACUGGACAACAUCAUGGCCUGGUUCAACAACAACAUCAACCCGCAGAACAACCCGCAGAGCCUGGCCCUCAUCCCCUCCCCACCCACCACCGAAACCGACUCCUCCCCCGACACCCACACCGAAGCCGACAGCCAGAACCCCAGCGACGGGAGCCCCGCCCCCAUCUGGCAGCCCCUGGAGGGCGAGCCGGAGGCGGCGCCACACAGCACUGUGGGUCCAGAGGACGCGAGACGGUUCCGGAGCAGGUCGGAGGACCGGGAAAACCGGAUUGCGGGGGGGCGGGGAUCAGACCCGGGGUGUGCGACCGACAUGUCGCUGGGCGAAGCGCGCACACACCUGAGCUCCCACUCCCACUGUGGGAACAGCCCCGCCCACACUGCCUCGGCCGCUGACGGAGCCUUGGAGCCAGUGCUGCAGCUGGAGAGGAGCCGGCCGUCAGAGGAGUGGGAGGAGCAGGAACACUUAGUGUGAAGACUGAGCCGAGAGGAGAACAAGUGUGUAUCAUACUGUAUCCAGACAGGAGGCGGAGCUCUGCAGACUUUGUCCGUAAAGAUGAUGUCAUUUGCAGUUUCAUUCUUUUCAAGUGCUUCUUGUCUGCUUCUAAAGAAAACAGACAAUUUUAUUCUUUAAGAUGAGAAAUCACAUUCAGAGAAAAGCUACUGAUAUCACAUAAAAAAUGCUCCACCUUUUUUAUUUCUUGUUUUAUUUAUUCCCUUUGCCUUUUGUGUUGGAUUUGUCCGUUUGUUCAGAGUAAAGUUUCGGUGCUGAAAUCCAAACUUGCCUCACAUCAACAUUUGAGUUCCACACCGACCCAAACAGAACCCCCUUUCAGAGCUCCAAACCAGACCCCAGCUGGAACCUGGAAGCCUGCUUUAGCGUGCUGUACAAUCAGAGGGCCUAAAUUCUGAGGUUUUUUGGACCUUUUUGCACACCGUGCCUGUUUAGUGGUGCCAACACAGUUCAGAUCAGGCUGUUUCACCAAGCUUGAGGCGUUCUCACGAGUCAGUACCUCGACCUCGGCCGUGGAGCAGUCAGAACUUUGCUGGAGAGCACUUCUGUUUAUUUCAAAAAUGUUCUGGCAUUGAAUCCGUUCCCUCCCUCUGGAUAGUUUCUGUGCAGAACUCUGUUUUAAACUCUCUAAAUUUUGCGAUGUUUCUAUGAUUUCCCUUAAAUUCAAUAACUUUUGCUGCUUUUUUCCACUCAUCGUGAAGCUUUUACACAUUCAUUUUACCAUAGAAAAAGCUAUUUAAGGGCUGGAUUUUUGGACUCGUGAAACUCUGGCAGAAGUGAAAUCAUUUGAGGUUAAAUAUUCUGAGUAUGUGUAUUUAUUAUCACUUUAAACAUAAAUGGUUUGAUUUCUUUUUUAUCUGGAAAACUAACUCCAAACCCCAGUUUGCACUAAUAACCAGACUCAGAGAACAUUAUUAAGAUCACUUAUGUUCUGUAAUCAGUAACCACAUAUUUAUUGGGUUUUUUUAGUCAUUUAUAUUCAAAUUUAAGAGUUUUGCACAUUCAAUCUGAGCCAAAAUCGCUUAGACCUGCUCCACAACCGAUGACUGGUACAGUAAGCUGCAGUCAGCAGACGUGGUUUUGGCCGUCACCUGUAGUCCUUUUCUUCCUCCUUGUUGAGAGCACAGACGGUGGUAUGUGUGCCUUUUUUGUUUGGGUUAUAUUUAUUUAGGUAAUGAACUUGUAAAAUGUUUUAGAAACGUUUCUGUUGAAAGAUGACGAUGAAAAAAGAAAAUAUUCAUUGGUUUAUCGUAAAAUUAACUGUUGAUGUGACUUUGAAGCAACCCUGAAGCUGCUUUGAAGGACGUUUUCACGCUACAAACCACUUGACCUUUGACAAGUCCUUCAACCUUGUGAAUCCUAGAUUGGCGUUCCGCCUCGGUCUUCACAUCUUAACGCUCACCUACGAUGUUUACAGGGGACUAAAACACUGCCUUUGGGAGGAGAAACGAUUUGGUGCUGAAAUGAGAGUAAUAAUGAGUGAUUUAGUUGGAUUCUUUCUGCUGUAGUUAAUGGGUGGUGGUUUGAGUUUGAAGCCAGAUAUUGACGUGUGUUGCCCAAAAUUCCAUUUUAUGAACUGUAUUUAUGUGUUUUUUUUUAUUAUUAUUACACAGCAAAUAAUCCCUGAAUCCUAAAUUGUUCAGUUAUUUUCAGUCCUGCAGAGGAAAUAUUUGUUUGUAAUUUUUUUUUUUUUUUUUUACUUUUAGUAUUUUCACUCAGAAGUGGACUGAUGAUGGUGAAUGUUCGGGUUUGAUUCUUCACACUGUCUGAUUUCCCUCCACAAAUUUUUUUUUUUUUUUUUUUUUAAUACAGAAAUUUGCACUCCCUUUAGGUUUCACUUGAUACAUUCCCAGCUGGUCUAAAAAGAAAAAAAAAGAAUAAGAAAAAUUGCUGUUUGGCCAAAACUCUAAAUGAAAUAUCAGUGCAAAGUUUACUCUCAAUAAAAAGAACUGAAAGUUUG